UUCAGCUGCGGACCUGUGAGCAGUCACUGUUUUGUGGAAGGGUGCAGCCUCACAGCCCUGAGAGUAUCAGCUGGGACUCAAGAUGUCCGGGGAGUCUGUUCCUGAGGGUCCUGACCUGAAGGAGAUGGUGGAAGAGGAACUGUGGGAGUUGAUCAAUGACAAUCGGCACCGCAUCUCUCUGGGCGUGAAGCACUGCAGGUUGAUCCCAUACCUGAGGCAGGCUCGGGUCCUGACGGAGAUGGACGAGGACGAGAUCAACACCUGCCACAGCCUCACCAACCGCUGCAUGAGAACGAGUCACAUGUUGGAUCUUCUCAGGACUCAAGGAAGGAAUGGUGCUGUGGCCUUGCUCGAGAGCCUGAUGAUCCACUACCCAACUCUAUACACCCAAGUUACUGGACGCCCGUCGACUACUGAUCUGUCACGAUUCAGCGGCCUGGUGAAGUACUCAGAGUUGACUGAAUACCUGGUCAGAGCCGUGACUGGCAUGCAGCGAGAGCUUCAGGAGGCGCGCUCCGAGGCCAGCAGGUUAAGUGACCGCUGCAUUUCCCUGGAGGCUGAGAUUCGCCAGACAUUGGAGCAGGAGGAGAUGUUCAGAAGCCUGAAGUCUGAGAACGACCGUCUGCGCCGACACUUCUGUUCUGUGCAGAAGGAAGUGACCAAGCUAAAGGAUGAGAAAUGUGACCUGUACAUGCGCUACACGUCAACCAUCGAAGAGAAAUCAGCAGUCAACAUGCGCCUUCAUGAACUGAACUUGCAGGUGUAUCAGCUGCAGACAGACCUGCUAAAGGCCCAGAAGGAGAAUGAGUUUCAGAAACGACAUUCCCUCAGAUGUCGGCUCUCUGCGGAAACGCCGCAACUGCGGGAGAAGGUCAGGAAUCUGUGCUACCAACUGGAAAAGGCAGAAAAACUCAAUCCGGCCCGUGAGGAUAUUCUUGCACAGGAUCUGGCCGAGGCUAUCGACAGCCAAGUGGAGCUAGCAGAGCAGCUGAGGAGUUACAGAGAGGAGAAUGAAAAGCUGCUGCAAGAGAAGCAUGAGCUUCUGGACAAGUCGGAAUCCCUGAGCCUCAAGGUCCAGCAGCUGACUUUGGACUCUGACAUGCACCAGCAGAGGAGCAGUUUGGUCCAGAGCCAGAUGAGGGAGCUGCAAAAAGAGCGAGACCAGGCAUACGUCUCCAGAGACGAGGCCCAGGCAAUGAUUGCCCGCGUCCUUGCAGAAAAAGAUACCAUCAGGUGUCAGCUGGUGGAAGCCCAGGACAAGGUGCUGAGCCUGCAGUCCAAACUCCACCUCAGAGAAGAACGGCAGAGCUCAGAUGAGAGAGAUUAUUGUUGGGAGAGUCCAGGAUCCAGCUUUGAAGAGCCUCCUAGUGGAAAUCGACGCAGGCUGCGACGCAUGGAUGCAAUCAACCCUUCAUCACUGACUACCUUUCAUACAGAGUGUGAGGAAGUAUCAGCCAGCAGUCUUCGGUCGAGGAAUGCAGAGCCACCCUCCCCUGAGUCUCUUCGCAGAAGGAGGGAGUGCAUGUAUGCAGAGAGCAGUCUGGAGACACUAGAGACGGAUUCUCUUUCAGAUGACUUUGUCCUCUUACCCAACGUUUGCAGUGAGGACCGACAGAUCCCAAAGCUCACCACUUGUCGUGGCAGCCACAUUGAAAGCCCAUCGAGAACCGCAGCCCCUCCUUUCCUAAUGCGCUCCCGUCCUAAAGCCAUCCGCAUCAGUGGCCGGGUUCUCAGUAUUUCCCUCCAGGGGGAGGCGCUGCUGAGCCAGCUGGCUGUGGUCGGUGGUAACAAGACAGGAGUGUUCGUGCACCAGGUGACCGAAGGGAGUCCUGCGCACACGGUUGGCAUUAGCCCCGGCGCUCAGAUAGUGGAGGUGCAAUGCCAACAGAAUCAGAAAGCUCUGAGGAUGGUUCUGGAGGAAUCAACGUUGGAGGAAGCCAUGUGGGCACUGGGCCAGAUCUCAGGCCUCUGCCAGCUCUCGCUCCGGCCUCGACAGGAUGAGUAUGAGGAGCUGCUGCAGCAGAUGCAGGUCAAUGAGAUGUCAUCUGGAGAUUCCUUCUACGUGCGUGUGAACAUGUCGCUUCCUGCCAGCUGUAAUGGAACUCUGAGCAUCUCCUGCAACGACAUUUUACACGUGACCAACACGCAGCCAGCGGGCGCCGAGGACUCAUGGCACGUUAGUCUAGUUCAUCCCUGCCAGCUCCUGGACCUCCAAAGUGGCACCGUUCCAAACUACUACAGGGCUCAGCGUCUUCUCAUCAGAGCCAUUGAAGAGAUGAGCUUUCAGACCAAGAAGCCGCACAAGUCUGCAGAGACCCAGAACACACAGAUGGAAGUGAGGAUUGUCAGCACUGGUCGGCAUGGGAGGAACCCGCUGUGGGUCAGUGUGGAAGACGAUGUAGCAAAGAACACAGUUUCAGGAGAUUUGUCAACACCCAGCAGUUGUGUAACCCUCAUGCCAUACUCACCUGUCACCCCACACUACCCACCCACUUGCAGACCGGUUCUGUUGCUGCCCAGUGUGCUGGGGCGCCUCCUCGACAAAAAGCUGGGCAGCUGGCAGGGCUUCCAGCUUAUUGAGCCAGAGACGUUGAGCCCAAGUGCUCAUGCUGCUCUGCUGCAGAAGUCUGAGAUCCUGGAGGAGAGUGAGCAGGGAAGCAGUUGCUGCUACACCCUGCACAGUGUGGAGAGAGUGAUGCAGAAGGGAAUCCACGCUGUUCUACCUCUGGGACUGGAUUGUGUCCGUCGUCUGCACAGAGCCAAGAUCUUCCCCAUCAUUGUGUUUGUCGCGCAGUCUCAACGCAGUGCUCGUAAACUGAGGGCGAAGCUUCAGCGCCACACCAAGUCGGAGAAGCAGCUGCUGGUGUGUUCUAAGAGUGAGGAGCCCCUGCUGGACAAGCUGCCCUGUCUGUACCACAGGUUGGUGCCGGACUCCUGGUGUGAUCAGAGGUCACUGCUGACCAGUCUGCGGACCAUCAUCUGGGAAGAGCAGAAGAAGAUUGUAUGGGUGGAGCCUGACCUCUGGUGAUUGGUUGCAAACUAGUGAAGAAUAAUGUGCAACUCGGUUCUCUGUGUAGCGGAAUAUGUUUUACAAAACAUGAUUUGUAAAUGUCAGUAUGUAUCAAUGAUACUUUGAAGUGACCUGGAAUGUGUUGAUUCACUCAGUUCAUGGGAUUUAUUUGUUCAUCUCUCAUGCAUAUGAUCAGUUAUUCAGUGGAAGUGCAUUUAUUGUGAAGGUUUGCAAAAUAUCCUUGCUCCAUAUCCACAAUGGCAUUUGUGCCAUCAAACUUGCAGGGAAAGACAAAGUUCACUUCAUAUAAAAUAUAUUUAAUUUAUUUAUUGCAAAUAUUUAACGAUGAACCCAACACUUUCAAAACGCUUUGAUUAUUUUUCUUAAGUGACACAUAUUUAUUCUGAAUGAUUAAUAACUGCUAUUUUAGGGUGUAAAACUCAAUGUUUAUUUACGUAAGUGUCUGUAACAAGAAAAGGUUGAAACUUAAGGCCUUGUCAGACUCCAUUUGUUGGAGGCAAGCGGCUGUGUGGUGCACCAAUGACCAAAACAACAGACAUUCUGGUGCUCUUCUGCUGCUCUUACAUACAUGUACCCCCUCACCUUUCAUGGAAUCCAUUUGUACCCACCUUUUGGGAGUUUCAAGAUCCAUGGUUGGCAUUUAUUGUUGUUGUUUUGCCCAACACUUGUCAUCUAUUGUCACCCUGGAUUGAAUUGAAGUUGGAAUUUCAGGUGGAACAAGAUAAAAGAAACCUUUGAUAAAGCGUAUGUA